AUGGGAAGAAAACCUGUUAACAUCGAUAAGAAAAAGAACAUCAUUGCUUUACACGACGCUGGUAAAUCUCAACAUGAAAUUUCUCGACAAUUACACAUUUCUCGCCAAUGUAUUCGUCAAACUAUUCGUAAAUUUGAUCAACUUCAUACUGUGGCGACGAAACCUGGUAGCGAACGUCCACCAAAAGUAACAGAUCGUCAAAAAAGAGCCAUUAAACUUGAACAACUUCGGGACGAUACUCUUUCAUUGGCCGAUCUCGUUCGAUAUGCUUAUAUCAAUUUGAAUCUAACAAUUACUCGUCAAACCGUCAGCCGUAUCCUUCAUGAAUUUAAUAUGGUGUCUUAUACUGCACCCCGAAAACCUCGAACAACACCUAUACAAAGACGUAAUCGACUUCGGUGGUGCCACGAACAUUUAAGUUGGUCAGUAAAUGAUUGGUCAAACGUAAUAUUUUCCGAUGAAACUAAUUUCGAAAUAUUGCAUCGAAAGAAUCGAAUCUAUAUACGUCGCUUUCGAACCGAUUCGACACGAUUUGAACGAUAUCAAAAACGAGUACAUAAAGGUGGAGGUAUUGGUCUUUGGUCCUAUCUUACAUGUCAUGGUCUUGGACCAUUAGUUAUUUAUGAUGGACGUCUCAACUCGGUCAAAUACAUCGAUAUACUUGAACAUCAUUUAUCAGCAGCACUUCAAAAGUUUCCAUCUCAACAAUCUCAAAAAAUCUUAUAUCAACAAGAUAAUGCUCGUCCUCAUGUUUCAGCUCAAACACAAGAAUAUCUCAAGGAACAACGUGUUAAAUUAAUUCCUUGGCCAGCAAACAGUCCAGACCUUAACAUCAUUGAAAACAUUUGGUCUAUUCUUGAUCAAAAAUGA